AUGGAGAGCGUCAUGCAACCCAACUGGAGGGAGAUAGUCAACAAGAAGCUGAAGUUUCCCAGCGAGCUCCUCGACGCCAUCCAGGAGGGGGACCUGUUGCAGGUGCAGCAGCUGCUGCAGGGGAGUGACGGGAUCCUGCAGCAGCAGGCCGAUGGCGAGGACCGUGCGUGGCGGGAAGCCCUCAACCUGGCCAUCCGCACGGGCAGUGGGGAGAUCACCGGGGCCCUGCUGCGCUAUGUUAAGUUCGACUUCCGCCAGAUCCAUGAGGCCCUGCUGGUCGCCGUGGACACCAACCAGCCCCAGGUGGUGAAGAUGCUGCUGGACCGGUUGGACCAGGAGAAGAGCAUCAAGAUGGACAUCAAGUCCUUCUCUCUGGCCUUCUUCGACCACUCCAUCGACAACGCCCGCUUCGCCCCCGGCGUGACGCCGCUCACCCUGGCCUGCGAGAAGGACCUCUAUGAGAUCGUGGACAUGCUGGUGCAGAAAGGCCACUCCAUCCCCCGACCGCACAAGAUCUCCUGCACCUGCCUGGAGUGCAGCAACGGCCGCACAUAUGACUUGCUCAAGUUUUCCCUCUUCCGGAUCAACACCUACAAGGGCAUCGCCAGCCGGGCCUACCUCUCCAUUGCCAGCGAGGAUGCCAUGCUGACGGCCUUCAAGCUCAGCCGGGAACUGCAGCGCCUCUCCUGCAAGGAGCCAGAGUUCAAGCCAGAGUACCUCAGCCUGGAGCUGCUGAGCCAGGAGUUUGCCUUCGAGCUGCUGGGGAUGUGCCGUAACCAGAGCGAGGUGACAGCUGUGCUGAAUGACCUGGGGGACAGCGAGGAGGAGGAGAAGCUGGACAGCCAGGCCUUCGAGGAGGGCAUCCCCAACCUUGCCCGGCUCCGGCUGGCCGUCAACUACAACCAGAAGAGGUUUGUUGCCCAUCCCGUCUGCCAACAAGUGCUGUCGUCCAUCUGGUGCGGGAACCUGUCAGGCUGGCGUGGGAGUAACACGCUCUGGAAGUUCUUUGUCUCCUGUUCCAUCUUCCUGACCGUGCCCCUUCUGUGCUUGUUGUACUGGAUUGCCCCGAAGUCGCGGGUUGGCAAAAUGCUAAAGAUCCCAGUGAUCAAGUUCCUCCUCCACUCGGCCUCGUACUUCUGGUUCCUGAUCUUCCUGCUGGCGGAGUCCAUAGUCCUGGAGCAGAAGCACCACAUCUUCUUGGGACGCAAUCAGACCCUGUGGGAGAACUCCCUGCACAUGCUCUGGGUGGCUGGCUUCUUCUGGUACGAGUGCAAGGAGGUGUGGAUCGAGGGGCUGCGCAGCUACCUCCUGGAUUUGUGGAACUACCUGGACAUCGUCAUCCUCAGCCUGUACCUGGCCUCCUUCACGCUGCGGGUGCUGGUCGCCGUGAGGGGCCACCUGCACUGCCUGGACGCCCCUUCCUCGCCGGGGUGCUACUACUUCACCAGAGCCGGACGGCACGAGUGGCAGCCUGAAGACCCCCAGUUUGUCGCCGAGGUGCUGUUUGCGGUGACCAGCAUGCUGAGCUUCACCCGCCUAGCCUACAUCCUGCCUGCCCAUGAGUCCCUGGGCACCCUGCAGAUCUCCAUCGGGAAGAUGAUCGACGACAUGAGCCGGUUCAUGUUCAUCCUCAUGAUCAUUCUUACCGCGUUCCUGUGCGGACUCAACAACACCUACGUUUACUACCAGGAGUCCCAGCGGCUGGGGAACUUCAAUGAGACGUUCCAGUUCCUGUUCUGGACCAUGUUCGGGAUGGAGGAGUACAGUGUGGUGGACAUGCCCCAGUAUGCCCUGGCGGAGUUCGUGGGGCGGGCGCUCUAUGGGAUCUUCACCAUCAUCAUGGUUAUCGUCCUUCUCAACAUGCUCAUCGCCAUGAUCACCAACUCCUUCCAGAAGAUCGAGAACGAUGCGGACGUGGAGUGGAAGUUCGCCCGCUCCAAGCUCUACCUGUCCUACUUCAGGGAGGGCCUUACGCUUCCUGUACCGUUUAAUAUCGUUCCCACGCCAAAGUCCCUCUUCUACGCAGUCAGGGGCAUCUUCCAGUUCAUUUGCUGCUCCAAACCCAAGAGACAACUGGAUUACCCCCCGAUUCCCACCAUCGCUAACACCGCCCUGGAGAACGUCGGCCUGGGCGGGGAGAGCCGCCGUACCUAUCGGCUGCAGGUCAUCAAGGCUCUGGUGCAGCGCUACGUCGACACGGCCAGGCGGGAGUUUGAGGAGAGCAGGCGGAAAGACCUGGGGAACCGUAUCACCGAGCUGAACAAGUCGGUGUCACGCCUGCAUGCGGAGGUGAAGUGCCUGCAUCACAGCCCGCCUGCCCCCGCCAGCCCUCUGGACGGGGCCAGCCCGCUGCACAGAUACGUCCUGCGGGUCCAGGACACCUUCCAGAACUUCAGCCAGGCCUCGGGCAGCUCCGGCCCGGGCUCCCCGGCCCAAGUGGUGGUGCACCAGGACAGGGCUGCCGGGAGCGACCCCCAGCCCUACCCCGAGGAGCUCUCCCUUGGCCCCCAGCACAAGAUGUCUCCUGGGGAGGGGGACCGAGCUGGAGAGCCAGAGGACCCGAGUUCCCAUCCAGCAGAGGAAGCCGACUCUGGCCCCAGCCUCUAGCAGCUCAGGGCAGCGUUUCCACGGCGGUCUGGAGCCAAGCAAUAACAGCCACGCCCAUCACGUCUAGUGCAGCCGAAGGAUCCCAAAGCACGUUGUAUGCUGCUCCUGCUGGCUUGUGCCCCAGCCCAAGCAAGCAGGGAGCUCGCUGCCUCUCCCACACGGGGUGGGGGUUGAAGCAUGGCUGAUGGUCCAGUCAGGCUCCUGGUCCACCAGGCAGCUGCUUUGAUAGAGA